GCAGUCUGCGGCGUUUGCGCACGCGCAGAGCGGCGGGGGCAAGGUUCGCGAAAGAGAAAGCGUUUGGAAAGAAGAGUUACCAUUUUGCAAGAGAACCUUCUGAAAACAAGCAAAACUCCAAAGAGGGAAAAUGCAGAUUUCUAUUUUCACCAUUGAUACAUUUACAGAUCAGCCAUUUCGUGGCAACCCUGCAGCUGUUUGUCUUCUUGAAGAUGAACUGGAAGAAAACUGGCACCAAAAAAUUGCAAAUGAAAUGAACCUUACAGUAACUGCAUUCCUCAGAAAAUUGAACCCGACAGAUGAUUUUGCCAAAAGCUCCCAUUUUGGACUGAGGUGGUUUACCCCAACUGAAGAGCUCCCUCUCUGUGGUCAUGCCACCCUUGCAUCGGCUGCUAUCCUAUUCCACAAUAAGAAAAAUGCGAAUUGCACUCUCACAUUUCUAACGCGGAGUGGAGAAUUGAUUGCCAGAGAAGCUGAAGAUCAUAUAAUCUUGGAUUUGCCCCUUUAUUUCACCCAUCCACAGGAUAUUAAGGAAGUGGAAGAGUUAGUGAAGGCAGCUGUAGGCGAUAAGAGUGUUCAGGAUGUUCGCUAUUCUCCAGACACAAAAAACCUUCUUGUUCGUCUCAGUGAUGCUUAUGAAAGGGCUGAUCUGGAGAAACUGAAAGUGGAUGCCGAAAAACUUCUGUCGGCCGAGAAGACUGGGAGAAUAAAAGGUGUAAUCGUUACACUGAAGGGAGAUGGCCGUGAGAAACAGGAAAGCUAUGACUUCUACUCCCGCUACUUUGCACCUUGGUAUGGUGUUUCGGAGGAUCCAGUUACAGGAUUUGCCCACACUGUUUUAAGUAGUUACUGGUCAGAGCAACUGGGGAAAAAGGAAAUGUGUGCAUUUCAGUGUUCUGCUCGUGGAGGAAGGCUGAAAAUUUCACUUCGGCAGGAUGGAAGAGUAGACCUUGGUGGCCAAUCAAGCAUUGUGUUAAAAGGUGUUCUGACCAUUUGAAGAAAACCAGAUACACUUUCCAGCCAUCAGAUUGUUCCCAUUGCUGCUGAUGUGGAUGCACGUCUUAAUUGGCAAAACGUGACUACUUAAUUCCAAAGGCAUAAUAUUCAUAGUUUAGAAGCAUUGAUUGCACUGUAAUCAGUGAGACAGUUAACCAUCAGUAUAUAAUCAGUAUCAUAGUAAAUACUGCUGUGAAUAUAAGUAGAGUUAAAUUACAAAGAUGAUUUUAUUAAAAGUGAAAAUAUAGGAAUCAUGUUGGAGCCUUAUGCCUAAGUAAACUUGAUGUCUGCAGGAUUCAGAAAUAUGUAUUGCAUGUAAUGUCAGUGCUUUUGGGUUGCUAUGUUGCAGAUCCAUCAACAUGCCUGCUACUCAUGAGUGCAUGGUGCGCAUCAGUGUGCAGUGCAAUUUAAUGCCCAAUGUGUCUCAUGUCACAGUGUCCCUAGCACGCUUGACAAUAUCUUGUUACGCCUUUUCAUGGGUCUGUAAAGGGGUUUUAGCACCCCUCCUACAUACUAGGCCUGUUCAAUACAUGGUUCUAAAUGGUUCUAAAGUACUUACAAAACUAAAGUUCUGGUGGUGAA